AAAGUAUCGUUAGGAAUCGGUAUCGAAACUGAGGUAUCGAAAUUGGCACCGGAUCGAAAGAUUCUGAACGAUACCCAGCCCUACAGCCUCUUCCUUUCUGAUUACUACCUUUGUCCUUCCAGCAGGUUUCGUUGACACUAUGGCUCAGUGACAUCAUUUUACAGACUUAAUAUUUUCCGGGUCAGCCAAGUGUCAUGCCGCAACCAAAUGGCUACUCCAUCAACUCGGCCCCUUCGGACGAGAGCGAGGACAUUGAACCCCUCAUUGAGAAUGAUGCAGUCCCUCCUCAGUGCUGCUCGGCUCGCCUCAACCUGGCCUUCCUGAUGUUUCUCGGGUUCGCUGUAGUCUACGGUCUUCGUGUCAACCUCAGUGUUGCCAUGGUAGCCAUGGUGAAUACCACUGACCCCAAGCCAACCCAGAACACCUCCGUAAUCUAUGCCUGUCCACUGCCAGCGGGGUCGGAAAACACCAGUGACACUCUCCCACAACCUGAGGGGACCCCACAGUACCCGUGGGACUCGGAGACUCAGGGCUGGCUGCUGGGAGCCUUCUUCUUCGGCUACCUGUGCACGCAGAUCCCGGGGGGCUACCUGUCCGGUCACUUCGGGGGGAGUAUCUUCCUGGGUUUGGGUGUGCUGGGCACCGCUGCCCUCACGCUGCUCACCCCUCUGGCUGCCCAGAUGGGUUCGUACUGGCUGUUUGCACUACGAGCGUUGGAGGGCUUUGGAGAGGGUGUGACGUUCCCGGCCAUGAUGGCCAUGUGGGCUCGGUGGGCUCCUCCUCUGGAGCGCUCUCGCCUGAUGACCCUGUCGGGAUCUGGGGCCAACUUUGGGGCCUUUUUGGCUCUGCCGCUCACCGGCUACAUCUGCCAAACCUUAGGCUGGCCCGCUGUCUUCUACCUAUGUGGGGGUGCUGGUUGCCUCUGGGCAGUCUUUUGGUUUAUUUUUGUAUCCAAUGACCCUCGCACCCACCGUCAAAUCAGUGAAGAGGAGCGAGAUUACAUCAUAAACUCCAUCGGACCUCAGGGUACAGGUCAUGGCUGGUCCGUGCCCGUGCUGCCCAUGCUGAUGUCAGUCCCUCUGUGGGCCAUCAUCAUCACCCAGAUGUGUUCAAACUGGAGCUACUACACCCUGCUCACCUCCCUGCCCACCUACAUGGAUAAUAUCUUGCACUUUGACCUACAAUCGAAUGGUUUCCUCUCCGCUCUGCCAUACCUCGGUGCCUGGUUAUUCUCGACUCUGUCAGGUGUCGUAGCAGACAGUCUGAUUGAGAGGAAGGUGUUCAGCGUCACCAACGUACGCAAGCUCUUUACUCUCGCAGGUGUGUUGCCAGCGUCAGCUCUCCUCGUGGCUGUGAGUUACGCCGGCUGCAGCCACAUCCUCACCGUCACCUUCCUCACACUCUCCACAACCAUAGGAGGGGCAACCGCCUCCGGAGUCUACAUCAACCAAAUAGACAUCGCUCCUCGAUAUGCAGGAUUCCUUCUAGGAAUCACCAACACAUUUGGGACCGUUCCUGGAGUCUUGGCACCCAUUGUUACAGGGUACUUUACCAAGGAUCACACCCUGGCAGGCUGGAGGAUGGUGUUCUGGGUGGCUGCUGGGAUCAACGUCGGCGGUGCUCUCGUCUACACAAUAUUCGGCAGCGGGGAGAUCCAGCCGUGGGCCGGCACCGAGGAGGAGAGUGCAGAAGCUAAGAAAGACAGGAGCAGGUCCAUCUCCACAUAAAACCUAAAAGUUCAGGUGAAUACAUCUGACAAACACAAAGUAAAGUGGCAGAUGGUGUACAGCUUUAAAAGACCGUGGCAUAUAUUUAAACCCAGGAGAAUAGAUUUGAGUACUACCUCUAUGAAUCGAUGCAGUAUUCACAAUCAACAAAUAUGAAGAAUGGGAGAGGUGUACCGACAAUAUUUACAUCAAGCAUAGCUUAACAUUUGUAUCUGUGGACCAGGAUAGUUUUGGCAAGAAUCAUUUUAAGGUUUGUGUUUUUACAUUGUCUGUGGAGUUUUUAUCAAUAAUAUCUUGGAAAGUUUACACUCAGGUAAGCAUUUGAACAAUAAUUCCAGAAAAGCAAACUAUUUUACGCACAUUUUUAUAGUAGGAUUUUAAAGUAGAAAAAUUACCACUGCUGGAUAUUCACUGCCUUUACCAAUCAGGAACUUGUGAAUAAUAGUACUGUUCUCUUGUACUGCUUUCUGUUGUAAAAGGUCACAGAAACAUAAUUUAAGGUACAAGUCUUUUUGUUACACUAUAAUUAGGGCCCGAGCGCCGACAGCGGCGAAGGCCCUAUUGAAACUGAAGGAAUUAUUUUACAUUAUAAUCAGUGAUAUUUACACCCCAGGUUAGAGAAAAACAAAUGUGUAUGAUCUUUUUUGUAUGUUUUUUUUAAUUUUUUUUUUUAAAGUUUUUCUUGAGCUGUGAACGAGAUGGGACCACAUGUAUAAUCAACCAAUCAAACACUUUACAGCUUACACUUUGCAUACUUCAGCUGCUUUGUUUACAACUGUAUAUGGUUUCUGACCACUUCUAGACUGAAAAUACACACCAAAGGCCUUAUAUUUUGUAACCGUACCAAUAUUGUAUUAAAUCAUCUUUCUAAGAGAUUUUAAUCAAUUAUUUAGAAAGAUGAGGUUUUUAAGUUUCCGUUUCAUCCAGAAAACCAAAGCACCUUCUACUGCCAGGAUUUGAAUAUUUUUACUAAAAGUGCCAUGAACUAUGACUUACUUUUUGAGUAACGUUUCUAAGAAAUAUGGGGAUUUGCAGUGUUGCAGUGUCAUACAUUUUUCAACUACAAUAAUUAGAAAAGACAUGUCAAAAGUGCAAUAAUUUAUUUACCUUCUGUGUGCGUUGAAAAUGUGAGUUUGUACAAUAUGUUAAAUAUGUUUUAUUGUGAAAAGAAUCAAGUUUGUAUUACUGAGCAAAACUAAAAUAUGUGGCAUCAGAGUGAA